CUCAAACAAGAUGGCAGCUCACACGGGGGAGAAGCGUGGUCUCGAACACUUAGACGAAUAUGAACCAAAAAGAGCGAAACAACCACGAAAUAUGCACGACAAAAUGAUAGAGACUCGACUUGUUGUUGUCUUGGAAGGAGCGACGUUGGAGACCGUGAAGGUUGGGAAGACAUUCGAGCUGCUGAACUGUGACCAACACAAGAAUAUUAUAAUAAAGAGUGGAAGGGACCCUGGCAAUGUUCGCCCAGAUAUCACUCAUCAGUCUCUGCUUAUGUUGAUGGACAGCCCACUGAACAGAGCAGGACUGCUGCAGGUGUACAUUCACACAGAGAAGAACGCUCUGAUUGAGAUCAAUCCUCAGACACGAAUUCCCCGCACCUUCCCUCGCUUUUGUGGGCUCAUGGUGCAGCUCCUGCAUAAGCUGAGUGUGAGAGCGGCUGAUGGGUCGCAGCGCUUGCUGAGGAUGAUUAAAAACCCUGUUUCAGACCACUUGCCUGCAGGAUGCCCACGCUACGCCACGUCCUUCAAAGCAGGAGAUUCCGUCUGUCCCAGAACCCUCGUCCCUAAGGAUGGUCCUGCUGUGGUUGUUAUUGGAGCAUUUGCACAUGGCACGGUAAAUGUGGACUAUACGUUGAAGACAGUUUCCAUCAGUAACUAUCCUCUGUCUGCAGCUCUCACAUGUUCCAAAAUAUGCUCUGCGUUUGAGGAGGUCUGGGGGGUGUUGUGAUAACACACAGGUGAUGGACUUUGGGUCAAACUAGGCAUUCAUCUGUGUGUUGACCAAUGCAUCGCAAAAUCUUCACCUCUUUUUAAGUGAAACUGCUAAGUUUCACUUCAGAAGUCAUGGUCACAUCAGUAGGCAGUACCAAUGUUCUUUAUAACACAUUGAUGAUGACUCAACACCGCUGUCACUGUCAUGUGUUUUCUGUUGUGAUCACAGAAAUAUUUUGUACCUUUUAUAUGAGCUUUCAAAGAUGACGUUAACAUUUUCAUGUUAACAAAAUCUAUAAUAUUGUCUGUGUACCAAUAAAACAAUUUUCUUGUGUCUAAAAUGUAACUAUUGUUGAGGCUGUGUGUGUAAAAAAGGAUAAAAGUAGAAACUCAAGUAACAUAUUGCAUGUAGGAGAUAAGGACAUUCUACUUUGUGGGGCUAAGGUUGUAACAAAUGUACAGUUAUGUGAAUUUGAGAUGUUUUUUUAUGACAUUAAAGAUGUAAAAAGCUCACAAAAGAA